AUGUCAGAGGAAGAGUAUGUCUUGGAGACGCCCAGUGCCCCCCAGAACUCCCCAGAAGUCUACCACAUUUACACUCUGAUCCAGGCCAUCCCGUGCAGCCACCCUGGUGAGAGUUCCAGCAGCCAGGAGGGCGAGGGCAGCGCCUCCCAGGCCGAAGCACAGCCACAAGAGUUUCUGAUCGGUGACCAGCUGGACAAGAAGGUGGCAGAGUUGGUGAAGUUCCUGAGCUUCAAGUACAGAAUCAAGGAGCCUAUCACCAAGGCAGAAAUGCUGACGAAUGUCAUCAAAGAGCAAGAGGCCCACUUCCCCAUCAUCUUCAACAAAGUGUGUGAGUGCAUGGAGGUGGUCUUUGGCUUAGAAGUGAAGGAGGUGGAUGCCAGCAGCCACUCGUAUGAGCUCCACAAAAUCCUGGAUCUCACCUACGACGGCAUGCUGAAUGAUAACAGCUUGCCCAAGACGGGCCUCCUCAUCCUCAUCCUGGGUGUGAUCUUCAUGGAGGGCAACGUUGCCUCUGAGGAGAAGGUGUGGGAGGUGCUCAGUAUGAUCGGGGUGUGUGCAGGCAGGAGAGAUUUCAUCUAUGGAGAGCCCAGGAAGCUCAUCACCAAAGAUCUGGUGCAGGAGAGGUACCUGGAGUACCGGCAGGUGGCGGACAGCGAUCCUCCCAGCUAUGAGUUCCUGUGGGGUCCCCGGGCCUUUGCUGAAACCACCAAGAUGAAGGUCCUCCAGUUCUUCUCCAAGGUUAGUGGCACUGUGCCCACUUCCUUCCCAUCCCGCUAUGAGGAAGCUCUGAGAGAUGAGAUGGAGAGAGCCCAGGCCAGAAUUGCUGCCUUGCAUGGCUCACGGGCCCCAGGUGAGGAAGAUUCCAGCAGCGUCGAGUCUGGCAGCGAGUCUGGUGGCUCCAAGUCCUGCCCGGAGUGA